GAUAGUUGUUGUCUACCAGUCAGCCAAAUGCCAUCAAUAAUGGAUAGUGGAAAUCCAGCAGAUAUGGUACCUGAAGAAAUCCACUUGAAAUAUGGACACCAUAUGUCUCAUACUGCCGCUGGAGACAAAAUUGUCAUUUCUGGAAUUUCUGGAGUUUUCCCAAGCAGCAGGAAUGUUGAAGAAUUCCGCCAAAACCUCUAUAACAAAAUUGAUAUGAUCACUGAGACACAUCGACCAGGUUUUGAACAUCCAGACCAACCAGCUAGGCAUGGAACACUUCCACCAAUUCUGGAUUACUUUGAUGCUGGUUACUUUGGACUCAACAUGAACGAGGUAGAUAAUUCCUACGUAGGUACCAGAAUGGUGCUUGAAAGGGUAAUUGAAGCAAUUUUUGAUGCUGGAAUGAAUCCAAAAGAUUUGGAAAAUUCGAAGACUGGUAUUUUCACAGGCGUAUCGAAUGAAGAAUCUAUCACAAAAUUUUAUAAGCCAAUAGCAGAGAAUGAUGCUAAGCCGAUGUUUCUACGGAGGCUAAAAACCCUUCUAGGUUCAAAUAUUGCCCAUCACCUCAGAUUGAAAGGACCCGUAGUGCAUUGUGACACAGCCUGCAGCACCACCUUACAUUCUCUGGAUAGCGCUUACCAGGCUAUAAGUCAGGGUCGAUGUGAUGCUGCCAUAGUGUGUGGUCACAACUUUUGCCUGGCACCUGGUUCCACACUACAAUUCGCAUGGUUGGGUGUACUGAGUAAAGAAGGCAUGUGUCAACCGUUUGAUAAGGAUGGCAAUGGGUACGUCAGGUCUGAAGCGCAAGCCGUCAUAAUCCUGCAGAGAGCCAGAGACGCCAAAAGGGUUUACGCAGAGGUAGUUCAUUGUAAAACGAAUUCUGAUGGAUUCAAAGAGCGAGGUAUCACCUUUCCCAAUACGAAGGCGCAAAAACUUCUGAUGGAGGAGGUUUGCAUUGAAAGCAAUGUAGCCCCUAGCAGCCUGAGUUUUUUAGAAGCUCAUGGCACCGGUACACCAGCUGGGGACCCUGAAGAAUGCACAGCUAUAGAUGAUGUCCUCACGAAAAAUCGAGACGGGCCUUUACUGAUCGGGUCUGUGAAAUCCAGUAUAGGUCAUUCAGAACCACUAUCUGGCUUGUGCUCAACCGUUAAAGUGAUUUUAGCAAUGGAAUCGAAUCAAAUUUCUCCAAACUUGCAUUUCAAAGAACCUAGGCCGUGCCCCGCACUCACGGAAGGUAGACUCAAAGUCGUGACAGAAGUAACAGAGUUGGAAGCUGAACAACCAGUUAUAGGUAUAAACAGCUUCGGAUUUGGAGGAAGUAACGGCCAUAUCCUUCUGCGAGCGAUAGCAAGAAAAAAAGUACAGUCAGCAACAGACAGUAUACCCAGGUUAUUAUGUGUCAGUGGUCGUUCCAGAGAAGCUGUUGAAACACUCCUUAACGAAGCUGUGAAAAAACAUGAUGCCGAACACAUCAGAUUAUUGCAAAACGUUUUUAGGAAAGAUGUUCCAGGCCACAUUUUCAAAGGUUAUACAGUGAUUUCCAAAGACACUGAACUGAGGCGAUCUAUCAAAAGGAUAUCCCUGGAGAGGCUACCAUUAUAUUUAGUUUUUGGAGAAUUCAAAAACUGGUACACAACUCUAAACGAACUCAUGGAACUGCCAGUAUUUCAAGAAACCAUUGAAAGGAUACGAAUCAUCCUCGUCAAGAAUAAAAUCGAUAUAAAAUCAACGAUUCUUAGUAAAGACCCUAUCAUAAGGAAAGCAAACAAUGCAUUGGGCAAUUUUAUAACAUCCAUGUGUGUGGCUAUGGUGCUGAAGAAGUUGAAUACGCAAGUGGUGGCAGCUAAAGGGGACUCCACUGGAGUAAUUGUUGCUGCUUUUUACGAAAACAAGCUGAAUUUGGAUCAGGCACUUGCUCAUGCUGGAACCCUGAACGGAAAAUCAAUAUAUACUAAACCUCAGAUGGAUGGCAUUCAGGAUGUGUUGGUGGAAAACGGGAAUUUACUGCCUAAAAAAGGAACUAUCGUUUCCAAUGGAACAGAAGAGAUAUUGAAGAAAAAACAGACGAUUGGAAGUAAAUCGAUAACACUGGAAAUAGGAGAGUCAAUGAAACAAAAAAUUACUACAGGAGAAUCUGAAUCAUUGACAGUCGAAACUGUUUCAGAUUUUUUGUCUUUAUUUGGAAGUUUGUACGAACAUGGUUACACCUUACCUAUUGAAAAACUGUUUCCGAAAGUAGAUUUCCCAGUGAGUCGAGGCACUCCAAUGAUUUCGUCCGAUAUAAAAUGGAUUCAUGAUAGAAAAUGGGAGUUUGACGAUAUUUCGAAGGAUACUACAGGGCGACGGGAUAAAGUGUUCCAAAUUGGAUUAAAGAAUAAACAAUGGUCCUUUAUUUCUGGUCAUAUCAUAGAUGGUAGAAUCUUAUUUCCUGCUGCCGGUUACUUAUACCUAGCCUGGCAAACAUUGGAGAAGAAAGGCGACCACAGAGUUCUGAAGACGCUGAGGUUCAAAAACUGUCGGUUCAUUAGGGCAACUACAAUCAAUCCCACCGAUGAUGAAGUUACUUUGAAAGUCUCCAUCCUCAGCAGCGGUUAUUUCGAAAUCAUGGAAAGAGAUGCUCUAGUCGUUACUGGCGAAAUAUACGUUACUAAAGAUGAUCCUGAGGAAAGUAAUGCUAUCUAUCCCGUGCAUCACACCUAUCAGAAUUCCAAGGACAUCUACAAAGAACUCCGGUUACGUGGAUACCACUACAGUGGUGAGUUUAGGAGUAUCGAGAAAGUGUCCGAUAACAACACUGAUGGACUAAUCAGAUGGAAUAACAAUUGGAUAACGCUCAUCGAUAACAUGUUCCAGAUGAAAAUAUUACAAGUCGAUACCAGACUCCUUUACGUUCCUACUUAUAUCGCCGAAGUUAAAUUAUAUCUGAAUUUCCAUGAUUCUUACAUAAAAAAAUUGGAAAGUGAACGCGAUCCUGAAAGGACCGACGACAUACUCCUCCCAGUCCAAUAUUAUCCAGAGAUGGACCAAAUCAGAUGUAUUGGCGUUGAUGUACAUGGACUAGCAGCCACUUCAAUAAAAAGACGAAAAUAUUUGGGCACACCUGUCCUGGAAAGGUAUGAAUUCGUACCGAAUCAUACCAGCCUAUCUCUUCCAGCCUCUGUCAGAGUUAAUGCCCAAAUAAUCCUGGAGAAUACUUUGUCCAACAAAGUAAAAUCAGUGGAGGUAGUCGAUAGUGAUACUCCCAAGGAUUCCCAACUACUUACACCACUUUUGCUCAACGUUCUUGAAGACGAACCACUCACACAUACGGAAGCUAAGAUUCUAUGCGAAACACCUUUAGACGUUGACAUUUUAGUCGAAAAUAAGACACUCAAUCAACAAAGUGGUAACACACUUGUGAUUGCAUCCAGACUCUUAUCUAGACCCGAGAAACUAGCAGAUGCUUUAGAAGCAAUCAAAGUGGAUGGAUACAUAAUUUCGAGAGAACCCAUCGACUUACCCAACUGCAAGUUAACUGAGAAUAAUAUAUUAUCACUGACCACGCAUCGAACUUCAGAUGAAACAUUAGUGUUAAUCGGAAAACAAACAAGGAAAACGAAACCCGUGUUCAUCAAUGUAACAGAUAUAGAAGAUUCAUUAGACUGGAUAGACCCUACCAAAAUAGCAUUAUCUAAUGAAGAAGAAACUAUACUUUAUUCUCACAGGAACUCACAAAACGGAUUAAUCGGUUUUAUAAACUGCAUUAGACGAGAACCAGGCGGUAAAAACAUGAGGAGUAUGCUGGUUUUAGAUAAAGACGUAGACUUCAACCAAAGCAACAAUUAUUUCAUCAACCAACUGGAAAAGAAUAUGGCAAUCAACGUGUUCAAGAACGGUCAAUGGGGAACAUAUCGGCAUCUCCUGCUAGAAGACAAUGGCGAAGACUUAUCACGUGACUAUUGCGUCGUGAAUCAAUUGGUGAAAGGGGAUAUUUCUAGUUUGAGGUGGUUCGACACAAAAAGCAAAUAUGUUGAUGCCAAGUCACUUCUCCAAAUAGAUUCAGUCGAUGUACACUAUGCUGCUCUCAACUUCAGAGACGUUAUGCUGGCAUCCGGAAAGUUGAGUGGAGAUGAUGUCAUUAAGAGCAGGCUCGACCAAGAAAAUGUAAUAGGUUUUGAAUUCUCUGGCAAAAACUCAAGGGGAGAAAGAGUAAUGGGGAUGGUCCCUAGUGGAGCACUAGCUACUAAGGUUACACCCGAUCCCACUUUACUUUGGAAAGUACCAGACAACUGGAGUUUGUCUGAAGCCGCUACAAUUCCUGUAGUUUCUGGAACUAUAACAUAUGCUCUGUCAUUCCGAGGAAAAAUGAGGAGAGGCGAUUCAGUGCUAAUACAUUCAGGGACAGGAGGGAUUGGACAGGCAGCUAUCAGAUACGCUCUACAUCAUGGUUGUACUGUAUAUACGACAGUUGGAAACGAAAGCAAAAGAGAAUUCCUCAAAAUGGUCUUCCCCCAAUUAACAGACGACCACAUCGGCAAUUCCCGUGACAACUCGUUUGAAAGAAUGGUUAUGAAACGAACCGAUGGAAGAGGAGUCGAUCUGGUCCUGAACUCCCUUGCUGAGGACAAACUGAUAACUUCUGUGAGGUGCUUGGCGAGAGGAGGACGAUUUCUGGAAAUCGGAAAAUACGACAUUGUAGCCAACAAUGCGCUCAAUCUGAUCCUGUUAGAAAAGGACGCCUCAUUCCACGGCGUGAUGUUGGACCAAUUGUUCAGCUCGGAGCCGGCAGAUAAGCAGAUACUCAGGAAAUUGGUUGAUGACGGCAUCGCAGAGGGAUCUGUCAAGCCUCUCAACAUGAACAUCUUCAAAUGUAACGAGCUCGAGCAAGCCUUCCGAUUCAUGGCUGGCGGCAAGCAUAUGGGCAAAGUUCUCAUUGAAGUUCGUAGACAGGGACUCGAUAAGACUAGGGACAAUCAAAUAAAGCCAAUACCAAAGUAUAACUGCACACCGACUGCGACUUACGUUAUUGUUGGAGGCUUGGGAGGCUUCGGUUUAGAGCUAGCGGAUUGGUUGAUAUUACGAGGAGCCCGAAAAAUUGUUUUCUCCUCUAGAAAUGGAAUCAGAACGGGAUAUCAGCGCAACAGAAUCAGGACAUGGCGCAAUUAUGGUGUUACCAUUAAAAUAUGCACCGCUGACGUCACCAAGAGGGAAGGCAGCCUCCAACUCAUCCAAGAUGCCGAAAAACUUGGACCAGUUAGUGCGCUUUUCAAUCUAGCUGCUAUUUUACAAGAUGCCUUAUUCGAAAAUCAAACCAAAGAGAUGUUUAGGACAUCUCUUGCACCUAAAGCAGAUGCUACUAGAUAUCUGGAUGAGAUGACCAGGAAGCUUUGUCCACAAAUGAGUGAUUUCGUGGUAUUUUCGUCAGUGUCCUGUGGGCGAGGAAAUACAGGGCAAACGAAUUAUGGUAUGGGUAAUUCCGUCAUGGAAAGGAUAUGUGAACAGAGGAAGAGGGACGGAUAUCCAGCACUGGCUAUCCAGUGGGGAGCGAUAGGAGAGGUUGGGCUCGUAGCUGAUAUGCAAGACAAUCACUUAGAACUCGAAAUAAGCGGAACUCUUCAACAGCGGUUAAGCAGCUGCAUGGAAGUUAUGGAUAUUUUAUUGACUCAAAAGGAAGCUGCUAUCGUGUCUAGUAUGGUUGUGGCUGAGAAGAAAUCAUCAACCAAUACGGAUAAUAUUGCCGAAGCAGUUGCUUCAAUUUUAGGUAUCACUGAUGUCAAAUCGGUUAGCUCUCAUUCCACAUUAGCAGAGCUUGGCAUGGAUUCUAUGACUGCAAUCGAAAUCAAACAAAUUCUUGAAAGAGAUUUCGAACUUUUCUUAUCCAGCAAAGAAAUAAGGAAUUUAACUCUUGAUAGUUUGAUGAAGAUACAAGAGUCACGUAAAGAAGAUUCCACAGAUGAUUCCAAAACUGCGCAGAAACAGCAUCGAAGCACGAAAGAUGCAGUACUUGACAUCGAAAAUCUAUAUAAGGAUAAUUUAGAACUCGAAUCUAGAUUGAGUGCUGAAGAGACAGGUCCAACAGUUUUCAUGUUUCCUGGUGUAGAAGGAACUUCGAAAGUACUGAGGGAUUUAGCACUAAAUAUAGAUGCUCACGUAUUAUUUUACCCGUACAACUUCGGUACACUGUUGGAUACAAUUUCGGAUAUGGCAAAUUCACAUUUGGAGCAUAUCGAAAGGAAACUGAAAAGAGGCGAACGUUUCUUCUUCAUUGCAUACUCCUAUGGAGUUUCUGUUGCUCUGGAAGUCAUAAGUACUCUGGAAUCUAGAGGUUAUACAGGGAUAUUAGUUGUUCUCGAUGGGUCUCCUACACACUCCAAAGAACUGUUGAGGUCAUUCGACAACUAUUCAGAAACUGAAUUUGGAAUAAAUAUUUUAUGUGGAAUAUUGGAUUGUCCUUUUUCAGACACGGAAAUCGAAACUCUCGGGAAAUGUGAUAACAUUGAUGAAAAAGUACAGAAAGCAAUAGACAUCUUUUCAACUAAGUCUGAUAUUUCCAAUGAUAUCCUGAAGAACCUAUGUGUAGGAAUAGCCAAUAGAGCUAAAGCAAUGCGAGAAUACACCCCCACUAUGUCAGGCAUACGUUCCAAAGUAAUAGUGUGUAAACCUACAGUGGAAACUGUGAAAUGUCCAGAUGAUCUUGGUCUCACCGAUUUAUGUGGCCCGGUAGAAAUACUCACUUUUGAGGGUAACCAUGUUUCUCUACUGGAAAAUUUGCAAUUAGCUGAGAAAGUUAACUCUCUUCUCUAAUUGAUUUUAGCACUUAGGCCCUAAAAUAUAUUGAACAAUAGAAAACAUAGUUA